AUGCGCGGUGCAAAAACAGAAAGAAAUCGGAGAGAAUAUUGGGAACGAAGUAAAAAAUUAUUAAAUGGUAGUUUAAUUACUUCAUUGUUACCUAACCAGUAUGCGAAACAGCAGACUAAUGAUAAUACAAGUGGAAGCAUUUUUAUCAAUUGCACUAAAAUGUAUUCACCUUAUUUUGGAGUGAUGAUAUCAAGAAAUGAAAAGGCUUUAGUUAAAAACCCUACUUAUGCUGAUAUUGAUACUGAUAUAUCAAUUUUUCCUAUUGCGUUAAAUGAAAUGUCAAAUUCUCAUCUAGUUGAAUUCGAUUUAUCAGUUAUAUGUAAAGAUAAAAAUCAAGAUUUGGAAUUAAAAUGUUGCCGAUAUAGACAAAUAGCAAAUAAAAUUAAUGAACGUUGCAAAUUAGAUUUGACUCAAGCGGAAGCAUUAAUCUCUGCUUUAACACGUGAAAUUUCUUUAAUUGAAGGACCUCCUGGCACCAGAAAAACUGUCAUUAAUAAUGAAAAUAUUGUUGAAUUUGCUCGAUGCAAAUAUAACGAAUAUAGGUUAGGAUCUCGAAUAAAAUCGGAUAAAAUCAAAGAAUUUUGUCUUGAAGAUAGUGACUUGCCUAGUUGGAUUUCAAUACUGAAGAAGGUUUUACAAGUGAUUUUGAAAAAACCAAAGAUAUUACAUAUAUUUGAUAGGUGGUCAAAAAGGGAAGAUAUUGAAAUAAUUAGAAGAACACAGAAAGCGUUAUCAAAUCCACCACAGAAAAAUAAGAAAAUAAAAGAUCCAAGAAUACAUAUGAUUAAAGAAGAAUUAUCAAGUUUACAAAAAAGUCAUGAUGAUAAACGUCAAAAAAUGUCUAUUGGUCCAAGAAUUAUUGUUUGUGAAGAGACUGGAGAAGUACUUAAGGCUCAUAUUCUUAGCGCAUUCACCCUUCAACUGAGACGUACUCUUUAUCCAAAGUUAAUCGAUGGUGAAAAUACUGGCAAAUAUCCAAAUAUACGUGAUGCUCAAUAUAAUGUAUACUUUAUUAAUCAUAGACAUCCAGAAGACUCUGGCGGGGAUUUAGCAAUGCAAUCUCAUGUGAAUAAAUACGAGGUGGAAAUGGUAGUGGAAACAAGACGCACAAAACUUGAAGAAAUUGAAAGAAGAGUAGAUGGAACCAACAAUAGAAAUGAAAAAGCUAAUUCUAGUGAAAACAAGGAAUGUAUCUCCUUGGUUAAUUUUGAAUUAAUGGCGUCGGAAUCUAAAGAUAUGUGGGCUACUGUGAUUAAAAUAUUGGAUGAGCAAAAUCAAAUUGGUGACGUUAGUCCAGAUGGUGGAUGUUAUGAGAAUUGUACAAAAUUACAUCCAUGUGCUCAUCCAUGUCCAAAACUUUGUUUUGAAGAUUGUGGAAAAUGUGAAUGUUCUGUAAGGGAUAUUAUAUUACCUAAAUGUGGUUACGUAUUACAAUUAAUGUAUUGCGAUCAUUCAAAAGUAGUUCAUUGUUUUGAAUCCAUUGAUAAUGCUAGUUGUAAUGAAUAUUGUGGAAAUAUGUUAGAAUGUAAUCAUGAAUGCUUAACGGAAUGUAACAGAUUUCAAAACUUUCAAAACCACAAGAAGAAACACAAAACGAAUCAAAUGAAGAAACAAAUAAAAUCACCUGAAACCCCAUGGAGAAUGCGAAUCACAAAAGAAACAAAUGAAGAAACAAAUAAAAGAUCGAACCAUGGAAAAUAUAUAUGCUUAUGGGAAUGUGAGCAUCAAGGAAGAUGUGAAUUAAGUUGUGGAGCUCCGUAUCAGAUACCUUGUAAUGAAAGGUGUAAUAAACAAUCGAAAUGUGAACAUAUAUGUGCUGGAGUAUUUUCAUUUAUAAUUCAAGAAGUUUCUAAAUUAUUAAACGUUACAAAUCAAGAACAUGAAGCAGCAGAAUCUACUCAUUAUAGUCUUUUAGCCAAUGUAGAAAUAUUAGAAUUUGAUCUUACAAUAAUUCUAUUAAACAACUUUUUAAAAAGUUGCAAUGAUGUAAAAACUUGUGACGAGAAUCUGGGAAAACCUUUAAGCGAUGAAGAAACGUUAGAAAUACAUCGUGCAAUGAAGACUGAAUCUAAACGAACAGGAAAUUGGUUUGAAUGUCCAAACGGUCACCCGGUAAAUAAUAAUUAUUUAACAUAUAUUUAUACUAUUGGGGAACAUAGCGGAGCGAUGGAGGCCUAG